UUUAAAAAUGUAUUAAUAAGGAUUUAUAUGUAAAUUGGGGGACCUAUAUGUAAAUAUAGAAAUUUCAAAGACUAAACUGUUAAGUUGUAAAAAGAAGUAAAUAAAGAAAAACCGAAAAUUUCGGUUUUAUCCCACCGCCUCCCACGCACUCUCUGUUUCUUCGAGAAACAGAGAGGAGCGGUGGGGCAUGAGGAGUGAAGAAAAGAAGAAGAAGAGGGAAAAGAAGAGAGGAGGAAGGAGAGAGGAAGAAGAGGGAGAAGAGAAGAAGAAGAAGAAGAGGAGGUGGCUGCAGCGAGGGCUGCAGCGAGGAGCUGUGGGGCAUGGGGAGAAGAAGAGAGGAAGAAGAGGGAGAAGAGAAGAAGAAGAAGAAGAAGAAGAAGAAGAAGAGAGGAGGAUAGCUGCGGCAAGGCUGCAGCGAGGAGGUGUGUGGCUUUGGGGGGGAAAAGGGAAGAGGAGAAGAAGAGAAGGAGAAGAAGAGGGAAAAGAGAGGCAGCUGCAGCAGCCAGGGCUGCAGCACCUCUGUUUCCCGCAGGUGGAAACAGAGGAGAGGAUGUGUGGGGCGUUGAGGAUGAAAAGGGAAGAAGAAGAAGAAGAAGAAGAAGAAGAAGAAGAAGAAGAUAGCUGCGGCAAGGCUGCAGCGAGGAGAUGUGUGGCCUUGGGGAGGAAAAGGGAAGAGGGGAAGAGGAGAAGAAGAAGAAGAGGAAGAGAAAGAGGUGUGAUACCUCUGUUUCCUGCAGAGGAAACAGAGGAGAGGGUGUGUGUGACGCCGGGGAAGAAGGGGCUGCAGCUGCGGCGAUGGCAGCUGCAGCUGGAAGAGAAGAAGAAGAGGAAGAUGAGCAGGGGAGGAGGGAGAGGUUGCGGCCGUGGCUGCGGCCGCGACUGCAGCAGUUGCAGCGGGGAGAGAAGAAGAAGAAAGGAAGGAGAAGGAAGAGGAGAAGGGAAAGAAGUAGCUGCGGCUGCGGUUGUGGUAGCUGCAGCUAUGGUAGGGAAAGAGGAAGAGAAAAAGAAAAGGAAGAAGAAGAGAAAGGGAAGGAGAGGAAGAAGAGAGGAAGAGGAGAAGGGGCUGCGGCUGCGGUGAUGGCAGCUGCAGCUGUGGCUGGGAAAGAAGAGAAGGAAAGGAAGAAGAAGAGAAAGGGACGGAGAGGAAGAAGAGAGGAAGAGGAGAAGGGGUGGCAGCUGCGGCAGUGGCAGCUGCAGUUGGAAGAGAAGUAGGAGAGGAAAUAGAGUAGCAGAGGAAGAAGAGGCUGCGGUUGUGGUGGCUGCGGCCAUGGCUGCGACUGCGACUGCGGCAGUUGCAGCUGGGAAAGAAAGGAAAGGAAAGGGGGAAAAAGGGGCUGCGGACGGGAUUGCGGUCGCAGCGGCAGCGACUGCGUAUGCAGCAAUUAUGUCUGUUAGAGAAGGGAGGAAGGAAGGUAGUGCGGUGGAAGGGGCUGCGAUUGUGGCAGCGGCAGCGGCGGCAGCUGUGGCAGCUGCAUUUGGGAAAGAAAAAGAAGGAAUGAGAGUAAGAGAGAGCAGGUGACUAUGCCUCGAUGUUCGACACGUGAUGUAGUUACGAAGAAAGGAAGAAAACGGGAGCACAAAACGAAACAGAGAGAGGACACGGAGGAAAAGUAGAAAGAUUGGACUGGCACCUUCCUUGGAUAUUCAGAUCAAAAUAUUUGAAAGGUCAGCUUGUUACUCUUCGAGAUGUUUGAUUUGGGCUGAGGCAGUGGAUAGCUAUUCAGAAUGAUGGGCAAGUCUGGUUGGUUAUUACGAUAUUGUUGUAUAAGUAUGUUUUGUAUGUAAUGAAAUGUUGUCGAUGAACCGAAAUGGAUAUACUGUGUCAAAGUGUUAGGAGAUCUCUCUUAUUUGGAAUUUCUGAAUGUUAAGCCUAAUUUAUAAUGAUAUGAACUUGUGGUGAA